CACAUAAUUCAUUUAUGUAAGACAUUUACAAUUAGAACAAAGCUACCGUCAAUAUAACAGUUCUAAAUUUCAUUUUGUCCAAAUGAAGUUACGUUAUAAAAACGUGAAAUGUAUUAUAUAUAGAACCGCUGAUUAGUGACUUGCCCAGUUUACAAUCCGCAGCCGGAGUAACACCACCGAACAAGAUGAACGUUAUAGCAUUUGUUGUUGUGGUAUGUUGCUGUAGCAGUACAUUAGGGUUCCUUUUCUCCACAUGUAACAAUAACAGCGACUGUAAGAACGGAGGUUCAUGCGAAGGAGUGGACGGGUUCAAAAGUUGCGACUGCAAGCCUAAUUAUUUUGGGACCUACUGUGAAAUAGAUCCAGGACACAUAUGCGAUUCAGACAGAUGCCACACCCAUGGUCGAUGUGACGUCCUACUUUUUCCUCCUUACUAUUUUUGCCAUUGCGAACACGGAUACCAUGGACUUGAUUGUCAAGACGCUCCAGCCACACAACCGACAACAACACUGCCAUCAACACCAUCAACAACAAUUACAAUCAUACAAACAACACCAACAACAACUCUACCAACACCAACAACAACAAUUCUAUCAACUACACCAACAACACUGAUACAAACAACACCAACAACAACCAUGCCACAAAAAUCGCAUCUUACUGACAAAAUCACAACCCCACCUAACAUAGUAAUAACCACAACCGACACGCCAACAACAACAUUUAAUCAAACUACACCGACGGUUUCGACAACAACCGAGCUACACAUGCACACAGACACACCUCGCUGUUCGAAAUACAAAACUGAUUUCUACAUUGCUGGAAAUGUUAUUUCCCACAAUGCCCUUGCAUCGGUUUGCCCGAAAUCCGGUAAUCAUUCGUCCCCAGAGGCAUUCGUUCUCGACCACUGUACUCUAACGAAUGCAGACCCAAAGGGGUGGAAAAUUGGGCAUCAGGUCAUGGCCAACUGUGCGGCUGUACCUCCAUACACACCAGUGAUCGAAACAUUUGGCACAUACAGUCCCAAUACUCAUCGAUCAGGAAUCUUUUUGGAAUGUCUUCCGGAACCCGAUGGCUUUAAGAUUGCGUAUCAACCAUGCGAUUCAGCCCCCACUAUAGAGAACGUGAGCUCGAGCGAAGCACAACUGUUUUACACUGUCAAUUAAACACACUUUACUACAAAUUCAAAUAUUAGCAUGUUGAACAAUUCAAAUAAAUUUGAGAAAUUAA